GCCUGCUAGCCUUUUUCUUCCUCUAAAUCUCCAACCUAUUCUAUAUUAUAAUAUAUUUUUUCUACUUGGUUUCUUUGAUUCACGAGAAGCAGGUUCACCAGAAUAAUGUCAAGUUCUCAAUAUACAUAUGAUGAAAAUUCAGAAACGUGGCCAUAUUUCGCCCUCAGUUUGGCUGCUUUAGUGGUAAUUCCCACCACCAUAUCCUCCAUUCGUUCAAUUGUUAAACACAAUCAAUCCUCAAAAAGAGAAUUGCAAAAAAAUGCAAAAAAACUAGAUCAAAUUAAAAACUUCAGCAAACCGUACAAUUAUGAUCAUUUACAAAGUUUUAAUAGCAAGUUCAAUUCAAAAAACUUGUAUUUCAAUCUCAAAAACUUAUUCAAUCUAUUUGGCAUUUUCCUAAUAUUUUUUUUAAUCAGGUACAUCAAUUUCAAAUUAGCAAACACUGACUCAACCACCUCCGGUAUCUUUGAUCCUUUUGAAAUCCUCGGUAUCGACUCAAAAUCAACUGAAAAACAAAUCAAGUCUCACUACAGAAAAUUGUCCUUGAAAUUUCAUCCAGAUAAAGUAGACAAAUCAAACUUAUCCCAAGACGAAAUCAACAAAAUCGAACAAACUUUCAUCAACAUAAAUAACGCCUACAAGGCCUUGACUGAUGAUGUCAUCAAAGAAAAUUUGGAAAAAUAUGGUAAUCCAGAUGGUAUAAUAUCGGUCUCAAGAGGUAUUGCUUUACCUAAGUUCUUAAUCGAGUCCCAAGGUUUUCUUUUAUUAAUCUUUUACUUUCUCCUAAUUGGUUUUAUUAUCCCCUUCCUAGUAACAAAAUGGUGGAGCAACGUCAAAAGUUACACCAAAAAGGGUAUCCACUCAAAGACUGCUGAAUUAUUUGUUAAAAAAAUAUUAAACUAUGAGCCCUUAACUCUCAUGUCUCCCAAAUUACUAAUCUCCUGGUUAUCAAAUGCUGAAGAAUUCAAAAUAAUGUUCAACAAUAGAUUAGCCCCCUCAAAAAUACAAUCUUUAAUUUAUUCUUACCUUGAUAGAUCAAUCUCAACCGAUAAAACUGACGAACUAAAUAAACUAAAAAUCGUCUCAAAAUUACCAACCCUAUUAAACGGUCUUAUAGAUAUCGGCUCUAUUGUUAGAUCAACAGAUAUGGUCGUAUCUUCUAUCACAAUCUUAAAAUCCAUUUCUCAAGCUGUUCCAAUUCUAAACACUCAAAAACAGCAAUUAUUGCAACUUCCAAACGUCAAUUUUGAGUCUGUCAAACUGUCAAAUGUUCACACUUUAGGCAAAUUACUAUCCUUACCAAAAGACCAACAAAAAAUAACUUUAGGUAUCUCUGAUGACGCAAAACUUGAUUCAACAAUCGAAUUCAUCUCCAAAGAAUAUCCCAUCCUAAAAUUGUUAAAGGCCUAUUUUGCGGUGCCUGGUGAAUCUGUGGUUCCGCCAAACGCCUCUUCUCACUUAAUCAUAAAAGUCCUUGUCAAAUCUCCUGCUCAUCAUGGUAACCCAAACACUCAAAAUUUCCCAUCUUCUUUAUUACACGAAGUUGAAACAAUGGACUCUCUUAGAGACCCUUACAAAUCAACAAAAUCUCAACCUGAAUUACCAACCGCUCAUUCUCCCUUCUUCCCGGGAACUAGAAAAUCAAACUACAUCGCUCUAUUACUUUUACAAAAAGAUGGUAAACUAGCCGAUCCAGCUUCAACUUAUGAAAACUUAUCUUUACAAAACUUGGAAUUAUCCCUCGAUGAAUACAAAUCCUCAAUCAACGCUUUAAAUGAUAAUAAUGAUCUAGAUAAAAAUAACAAGCUAAUAGUAGGAACUUUUAAGAUUCCUCUCACACAACCCACUCCUCCCAAACCUGGCAAUUACCAAUUCAGAAUAAGAAUUUUCCAUUCCGAUUAUUUUGGCUGCGAUCUAGAUUUCCCUGUUAUAAUGACUGUCGAAGAACCAAAAAUAGAAGAACAAACAGAUCAAUAUGAAAUUGAAGAUCCUGAUGAGGACUCACUUGCUGGUGUAAUGGCUCAACUAAGGGGCGAAAAGGUUAAAAAGAGCGCUAAUGACUCAGAUUCAGAUUCAGAUUCAGAUUCAGAUUUAGAUUCUAGUCUAGAAGAAGAAGAAGAAGAUUGGUCUGAUAUAAAUACCGACACUGAAGAUGAAGCAGAACCCGAAACAAAACCGGUUUCCAAAAAAUAAUCUCAAUUUGUAAAAAAAAAAUUUCUCUCUUCUUACGAUCUCAUUCUAGUCAAUAAUUACAUAGCUCUAAUUCAUUUUUUAUUUCUUUUAUUUUCUUGCUAAUGGCCC